UCUCUCUCUGAAAUCUCGCUAUUCCUCGCCGGGUUGUGUGCUUUUCGUGCGCUGCGUGAUUUCAUUUUUCGACGAAUUCAUUCCACCUCCGGAACGGCACGGAACCGGCCACCAUGCAAGACCUAACGGAGCGCAUCCUGCAGUACAUCGACCAGCACGGCACGGUCGACACGCUGGACCUGGUGCCGGUGUUUGGGCUGGACCACCAGAAGAUUGUGGGCGGCGUGAAGAGCAUCGAGUCGACGGUCGAGGGCGUGAUCCGGACGGAGCAGGCCACGCGCAAGUGCUGGGAGCUCACCGAGGAGGGAAAGGUGAUCCUGGAGAAGGGUAGUCAUGAGGCGGCGAUUUUCCGGGCGGUUCCGGCUGAAGGGAUUGCGCAGGCGGAGCUGAUGAAGAGCUCGCCGAACGCGAAGGUUGGCUUCAGCAAGGCCAUGUCCAACGGGUGGAUUCUGAUGGAUAAGAGCGGGGGAGCGCCGUUGAUCAAGCGGAAGGUUGAGGCGAUCGAGGACGCGGUUCAGGGACAUGUUAAGGCGGUGGCGGAGGGUCGCGACGGGGAAGUUCCGGAUGGGGUCAAGGCGGAGUACAAAAAGCGCAAGAUUCUGACCGAGGUGGUCACAAAGAGCUUUGUGCUGUCGAAGGGAGCGGACUUUUCGACCAGUUUGAAGAAGCUUGAGACGGAUUUGACGGUGGAGAUGCUGGCCUCGGGGAUCUGGAAGGACCUUAAGUUCAAGCCGUACAACUUUGAAGCGUUGGGCGUUCCGCCGGAGCGGGGUCACAUGCAUCCGUUGAUGAAGGUUCGGACCGAGUUCCGGCAGAUCUUCCUCGAGAUGGGUUUCUCCGAGAUGCCAACGAACAACUUUGUCGAGUCCAGUUUCUGGAACUUUGACGCGCUGUACGUCCCCCAGCAGCAUCCGGCUCGGGACCAGCAAGAUACGUUCUUUGUGUCGCAUCCGCGGCUCAGCAACAAGUUCCCCGUAGCACUGCUGGAUGCCGUCAAGCAGUCGCAUGAAUCCGGCACGGACGGUUCGAUUGGCUAUCGGUACGACUGGAAGCUGGAGGAGGCCCAAAAGAACGUGCUGCGGACGCACACGACCGGCGUGAGCGCGCGGAUGUUGUACAAGGUUGCCCACCAACCCGGUGGCUUCAAACCGGUCAAGUACUUCAGCAUCGACAAGGUGUUCCGAAACGAAACGCUGGACGCGACCCAUCUGGCCGAAUUCCACCAGGUCGAGGGCGUCGUAGCCGAUUACGGGCUCACCCUAGGCGAUCUCAUCGGAACGUUCAAUGCGUUCUUCAACAAGCUGGGCAUCACCGAGCUGGAGUACAAACCGACCUUCAAUCCGUACACGGAACCUUCGAUGGAGAUCUUCUGCUUCCACCCGGGCCUGAAGCGAUGGAUCGAGGUCGGAAAUUCGGGCGUGUUCCGGCCGGAGAUGCUGCGGCCGUUGGGCGUCCCUGAGGGCGUGAACAUUAUCGCGUGGGGCCUGUCGCUGGAGCGGCCCACGAUGAUCAAGUACGGCAUCAACAACAUCCGCGAUCUCAUUGGACCGAAGGUGGACCUGAGGAUGGUGCAGGACGGACCGAUCUGCCGGAUGAACCAGUAAGUGACACUUCUUUUUGCUUUGUUUUCAUCGAACAAGAAUAUGGUGCAUUUUAUGCUUUGGAAAUUA